GUCUUCUUCGACGUCAGCGCCAACGGCUCCCCCCUCGGCCGCAUUGUCAUGGAGCUCCGCUUCGAUGUCUGCCCCAUCACCUGCAAGAACUUCUACGAGCUCUGCACCGGCGAGGCUGGCACCAUCUUCGGCCCCGGCAAGCCCGCUUUCAAGGGCAGCAGCUUCCACCGUGUGAUCCCCGGCUUCAUGCUCCAGGGUGGUGACUUCACCAACCACAACGGCACCGGUGGCAAGUCCAUCUACGGUGCUCGCUUCGAUGAUGAGAACUUCAAGCUGGCCCACGACCGCCCCGGCCUUCUGUCCAUGGCCAACGCCGGCCGCAACACCAACGGCUCUCAGUUCUUCAUCACCACCGUUGUCACCAGCUGGCUCGAUGGCAAGCACACCGUCUUCGGCUCCGUCGUCGAGGGUAUGGACGUCGUCCAGAAGGUCGAGUCCCUCGGCUCCAGCUCCGGCCGCACCUCCGCCAAGAUCACCAUCGACAACUGCGGUGCCAUCUAAGCGCGUGCGCUCGUCGGAACAUGUGAAGAUCCUUCUGUGGCGCGCGUGACCGCCGUGUCGCGCGCACGCAUGUGUGUCCACCCCACGUCGUCUGUCUGCUCUCUCUCUCUCUCUCUCCCGGGAGGGAGGGAGGAAGGGGGGGGGAACGCGUCGUCCCUCUCCCGUGGGUGUGUGUCUCCCCGUCCUGCUCUUGUUCCUCCGGUCUCUUUUCGGCUCCUGUGCAGGAGAGGGAGUCCAAGGUCACUUGGCCUGGGGACGUCUGCGCCUCUCCCCCCCCCCCCGAUACAUUCGCGUGUGCCUCCCACCUAUUGUGUUUUUUUCGGCGGCCCGAUGGACCUGUGUCGCCGCGCGUCGCGCCGCCUGUGCUGCCCCUGUAUCUUAAUACCAAAGUUCAUC